AUGGCCGCUCUACCAUCGGAUUUGAAGCACUUGUACCUUGGUUGGAUUGAUGAGGAUGCUGCUCAGUGCCAGAAGCGGCAGCAGAAGAGCGCGAUGCUUCUAAGCAACGCUGCACGCACUCUCAGGAACCAUCUGGAGCCUGUUUACGCUCCUGAAGAGCUGAAGAAGUUGAAGGGGAUUGGUGACUGGGUUGUUGGUAAGAUGAGGAGGAGGCUUGAAUCGUACUGCAAGGAGAAUGGGUAUGUGGUUCCUGCUGUGGUUGUGGAGCCCGUGAAAACAGCUGGUCAGAAGAGGAGAAAAGGUGACGGCGGUGCCGAUGGAACUACCAAGAGGAAACAGCAGAAGUACGUCCCUAGGAAGAGGUCUGGGGGGUAUGCUAUUCUCCUUGUGCUAUUGGAGUACGACCCAGACAUGAUGGGGUUGACAAAGAACCUCAUUAUCCAAUAUGGCGCGCCGUACUGUGAUGGAAGUCUUGAAUCAAACCCUGGAACCUCCCAGUUCUAUAGCGCCUGGAACUCAUCAAAGAAGUUGCUGCAAGAGGGUUUAAUAAAGAGCUCUGGGAGGCCUCAGAGAUUCUUUCUCACCGAUGAGGGACUUGAGCUGGCGCAGAGUAUCAAGGCAAAUGAUGGUGUAGUGUUCAGAAACGAGACAAGAACACAACCACAGGCCGUGCCACGCGCUACGAAUGACCCAGUACGGCGUUCUCCCACGACACCAAGAGUUCAUACACCGCAACGAGCAUCAAGAGUGGCCAGACUUCCUGAAAUUUCGCCCACUGUUCCGGUUUUCAUUCCAAGAGAUCGUAUUGAACACGUCUAUAGAGGAAUAAACUACUUCUUUUGGGAGCCUAAAGAAUACGAAGUGAAGUUUAUCAUUGAUAACCGAGAAGUUAAAUCCAAAGACGACCGUGAUUUCUUUGAUGAAAAGCUAACACAACUAGGUGUGGAGUGUUUAAAGCGACCAUUACCUGUUGGAGAUGGAUUAUGGAUAGCACGUCAUAGAACGACGAACGAGGAAGUAGUGUUGGACUAUAUCAUGGAGAGGAAAAGGUUGGACGAUCUCGCUAUGAGUAUCAAGGAUGGUAGGUAUACCGAACAAAAGAGUCGAUUGAAAAGAACCGGGAUUGAAAACAUCUUCUAUCUUAUUGAAGAGGUCACAGGAUCUGAUAUCCAGCAGAUGUCACAAGCCAUAGAAACUGCUAUCUCAUCGGCAACCACCGUCAAUGGGUUCCACGUUCAAAGAACCAAAGAUGCACACUCAACGCUACGGUUCAUCAAACUAAUGACGGAGGAGAUUGUCAAGUUCUACACCACCAAGAGACUUUUGAUCUUGAAUCCCCAUACCGUUGAAAGCCAAUUGAAGUAUUCUGAGAUCCUAGAAUCCUUCAAAGCUCGAUUCCCAACAGACACAUGCGUACAUCUUUACAACACCUUCGACGUGCUACUAAACAAAUCAUCGAUGCUCACGGUACGUGAACUCUUUGUCAGGAUGCUAAUGACCGUCCGUGGAAUCACUUUGGAAAAGGCUAUCGCCAUACAGAGACAAUUCCCCACGCCCGCUAUCAUGUUCGAAAGGUUUGAUCCCCAGGACCAAGAAUUCGUAUCGAAAUAUGGCAAGAAAGUUGCAGAAUCGCUCGGUGAUUUAUUCAAGAGAAAUAACUAA